CAGUAUUGAAAAUUAAAUAAUACUUUGAGAAACAUAUUAUCAACGCUUUGAACACAACAAACAUAAAACACUGAAAUACAUAACAAUAUCUUUAAAUUAUAUAAUAAAAUCGAUAAAUACUACAAAUAAUUAUAUUUAUUGUCAUUGACUUAACUCUCAUUUAUUAUUGAUUUCAAUUGAAAUUUUUGUUAUAUUUUUAUUUGAUUUUAAAUAAUCCAAACAUCACUUGAGUUUGCAAUCAUUUCGUUUGAUUUAAUCGAUUGAUUAUUGAAUUGAAUCCAAUCGUUGAAAUCAGUCGCCAACCAACUUACCGAUUACCCGAAUAGCAUAAACAAUGGCCACAUUCACGCAAAUGAGAGACGAACUCAAGACAUGUCCGUACAAUCCGCUACACAGAGUGGCCGCUCGUCGGCUACAACAGCAUAUUGUCAAGUGUUCAAAGAACCCGGCGAACCCACAACUGGUCGACUGUCCGUUCAAUGCUUUACACAAAAUACCACCGAAAGAGAUACAACAGCAUAUGCUUCAGUGCAAAGAUAGUCGACAAGUGCUCCGAGAGUUUGAGGAGACCCGCACUUAUCGUCAAUCAGCAGCUAAUCGGCCAAUAGUUAACAGAACUGAAGUGUUUAAUUCUGAAGACAAUUGGGAACACGACUCCGAUAGUCGUCCAAAAGCCUAUGUAAUUCCCGGUCUGAUGACCGACGAAGAGAAGAAAAAAGACGGCAAUUUUGAUGUCAAUGACAAAAGUGAUGACAAGAAAGGAGAAGACAAGAAGCCGUAUGCCAUGAAAAGCAAUAUUGAGAUCCAAAGCAUGAAACCCGCCGAACGCAGGAAGUACUACAAAGAGAUGUGCGAAAUGACUAAAUUGAAUCAAAUGGCAGAUAAAACUGAGCAGACUUUUAGCGACAGUAAAUCAUAUGUCACUUCUUCAUUGGCAUCGGCAUCAAGUGUGCAAAGUGUGGCCAACACUGAAGUCAAGGUCGAAGAUGAUGAUGACGACGACGACACCACAAUUGUCCGAAAGCCAAAUGUCAAUCCAUUUCAACCAAGAGUUCGUGGAAUUGGUCGCGGAGUGCAUCCCGUUCUCAACAAAAACAUCGCAUCAGUUGGCAUGUCCUCAGCAGACUCUAACAAACGCAGUCACGGCUAUGAAGAUAGACCACAAUCAAGCAAACGUAUGUCACCGGAUAUCCCCUUUUAAGGAUCAGUUGGAUCACUGAUACGUUUACGCAAAUAAUCAUUUUGAUUUUUAUUUACUCUUUUUUUAAAUUAUACAUCAAAUAUACAUUGAUUUUUAAUUUACUUUUUUAUUUUUUAAAUAUCAUUAUGAAAUUAUUAUCCAUAUUUGAGUAAAUUUACAUGAAUUGUUUAUUUUUAAUAUACACAUUGCGAUACUUUUAGAAACUCCUUAUUAAUUUUAAUUGAUCCGAUUUAUUGCAUUAAAAUUAAUUACAUAAUAGAUUCAUUAAAUAGUUUUAUGUACCGGUAUUAAAAUAAAAUUAUUGAUCUUUUAAUUACCGGUAAUGUUUUUUUGUUGAAUAAAAUAUAUUAAAUUGCCGUAAAUGAACUAUAAAUGUGUUACAAUUAUUACUAUUAGAAAUUACAAUACCCCUACCGGUAAUUUUUUAAUUACCGCUACUUUUAUGCUGUAAUGGCUCAUAUUUUACCUUAUUUUUAAUUUGGUAAUAUUGCGGUACU